CCGAGCUUUUCGACUCGCGCGCUCACGCCGCACCGGCAUGACUAUCACGACGGACCUCUCGCUCAUGAUUCAUGAUUGUUGUCUCCUCGCCAAAGUUGCUGUCUCUGGAGUUCGUACAUUUAUGAGGUCCAAGCUCAUAUCAGGGCCGAUUGUACCGACUCCUUUGGCAUCUACGCUUCUCCGUCGUCACUUCGGAACAUGCGCCUCUCUGCCUCUCUGCGCAUCCAUACUCAUCUUGUUGGCAAGAAACGGCCAGAGGAAGGAAGGGCGCUAUGACGCGGACAGGAGCGUGCAUUCCUUUGCCAGGUGUAUGCUCUGCAUGACCCCUGUACGCUCUUUGAUGCGGCGUUGAGCCGUUGGUACGCGAGCUCAACAACAUUCCUUCCGAAGCUGAUAGUAGGUGACGUUUCGCUCCGCGCCGCGUAGGGCGUAUGUACUCGUUCCCCUUCCGAUGACAGUGCCAGAUGCAUCUACGCUAUGUUGGAAACCCAGCCCCAUGUUGACCUGUCAGCGCCACCGUUUUUCUGCUUCCCCAUGCGGCGCGUAUGGCUCUUUGUUCUGUCACCUAACUCUCUUUCGAUUCCGCUGGUGUUCAUUCUUCAUCUC